AAGCAGUAAACAUUUUGAAGAAAAAAAACCUAUGUUGUCAUGUUGUGAGCUUAGCUAAGCAUCCAAACAAAGCCUUAAAUACACUAACUCCACACUCAAUAUAUAAUAACACAAAUUCAAUACUCCAUUAUAAUAAAAACAUCUCCAUUUCCUUCUUCCUUCCUCCUCCUCUCUCUCUCCUCGCCCAUUCCUCCACACUCUACUCCACUCCACUCCACUGAGAAAGGAAAACAAAAAAAAAAGUUCCCACUUAUAAUUUCCCCCUCCUUAAAUACCUCCUCCCCAAACAACCCCUAUCUCCGCUUCUUCUGCAAUGUACUACUAUCCUUUCUAUAACAGAGUCAUCAUCAUUCAUCAUCAAUAAUAUAUAAAAAUGGCGAAAUGUCAUCCACCUCGAAACGACGUCGGAUCUCUCAUCUUAAACCACUCUUCUUCCAACCACCAUCAUCAUCACCAUCACCACAACCACCAUUAUCGUCUAUGGAAUUCAUUCUCUCUCCGGAAACUCAUCGCCACCGUAAGCUGCGGUGGCGGCUACUCCAAGACUAAACACGCCAACGACCACCCCAAGAAGCCCGACCCGAAGCCCAAGCCCGACCCCGGCCCGGCUCGGUUUGAGUCGGGGAAGCUGGUGGAUCUCUUGAACUUGUCGUCAUCGUCGUGUUCUUCUGGGAGGAGAGAGAAAGUUGAGGAAGAGGAGGAAGAAGAUGUGGAGGUGGUGAGAAGAAAGGAGGAGAGGUUGGAGGAGUUAAGAGCUGCGGUGAGGAUGUUGCAGAAUGUUGAGGAGAGAGAAAAUGGCGCUAAGUUGGUUAGAAGUUUUGCUAAAGAAGAUUGUGAUGCGAGGUCUACUUUGGCUAUGCUUGGUGCUAUUCCUCCUUUGGUUACCAUGCUUGAUCAUGAUCAUCAUCAUGAUGGUGAUGGUUAUGAUGAUGAUGAUGGAUCUCUGAUUCAAGCUUUUUACGCGCUGCUUAAUUUGGGCAUUGGGAAUGAUUUGAAUAAAGCAGCUAUAGUUCAAGCAGGGGCAGUUCAUAAGAUGCUAAAGAAGAUUGAGUCCUCUAAUGGGUCUUUAAAACCGGCUGUUUCGGAAGCUAUUGUUGCGAAUUUUCUCGCUUUGAGUGCUUUGGAUUCUAAUAAGCCGAUUAUUGGAGCUUCUGGGGCAAUCCCUUUUCUAGUUGGCAUCCUUGAGGACCCUGAGAAGAAAUCCGGCUCACAAACAAGGCAAGACGCGCUUAGAGCACUUUACAAUCUCUCUAUAUCACCAUCCAACAUCGUGUUGAUUCUCGAGACUAAUUUGAUUCGUUACCUGAUAAGCAUGUUGGGUGAUAUGGAAGUGAGUGAGAGAAUCCUUUCGAUCUUAAGCAAUGUAGUUUCAACCUCGGAAGGCAGGAGAGCAAUCAGCAGUACCGCGGAUGUUUUCCUGAUUUUGAUUGAUGUUUUGAACUGGACAGACUCACCGGGGUGCCAAGAAAAAGCAUCUUACAUAAUAAUGGUGAUGGCUCAUAAAUCUUAUAAGGAUAGGCAAACUAUGAUAGAAGCUGGGGUUGCAUCAGCAUUGCUUGAAUUAACUCUUCUUGGUAGCACAUUAGCACAGAAAAGGGCAUCAAGGAUAUUGGAAUGUUUGAGGAUAGAUAAGGGGAAGCAAGUUUCCCGGAGCUUUAUUAAUGGUAAAUCUAGUGCCGCUGUUUCUGCUCCGAUAUGUGGGUCUUCCUCAUCUACUAUGAAUGUUAACAGAGAAGAGGAAGAUAUGAUGAGCGAAGAGAAAAAAGCAGUAAAGCAAUUAGUUCAGCAAAGUUUGCAGAGUAACAUGAAAAGAAUUGUCAAGAGGGCCAACUUGCCCCAAGAUUUUGUUCCUUCGGAACAUCUCAAGUCUCUCACUGUGAGUUCAACAUCGAAGAGCUUGCCCUUUUGAGAUUACUAGAGAUGUCGAUACUCUCCCGAGCAUUAGCAAUAAGAAUGAGUUAGUACUCUCUCGAAAUUUCAUUGCAUCAAUGUUCUCUUGCAGCUUGUAAUGGUGGUAUUAUACUGAAAUUAUAUGUUCAUAUAGAUUAGUUAUGUUUGGUAUCCAUGUUUGGUUAGUGUAGACUAUAGUAGUAGUAGUAGUAGACAUGUUGGUACCAUUUAGCGUUGAGGUUGUCAAGAGCCAAGAGGAUCCUUGUAUAGUAGUGUCCUUAUCAUUAAUCAAUGACUAAAGGAAUAAAUUAAAUAGCUUUCAGUCA